CCUCUCGCUUUGCUCCCCUUCUUUCGUUUGACCCAUUUGCUGUUCCAAUUCCAAAGUCUCCCUCGCCCUCGAUCCAACUUCGAAUCCAUCAGUCCUUCCUAAUCACAAGAAGAUCUUGGGAUCGUUGCGUUUCGUAUCGAGAGGGAGGAGCGGAGAUGACGAGGUAUCGGAAUGGCGAGUUCUGGAACUUCGAAACCCAGACGCCGGCGGCCGACGACGAUAACGCUGGCGUCGUUCUUGGCAUCGACGGCGGUACCACGUCUACCGUCUGCGUCUGCCUGCCGGCGGCAAUGCCCCGCGCUGGGCCCCUUCCCGACCCCCUCCCCAUUCUCUCCCGCGCCGUCGCCGGUUGUUCGAACCACAACUCCGUCGGAGAAACUGAAGCUAGGAAGACCCUAGAGGAGGUUAUGGUUGAAGCCCUUUCAAAGGCUUGCUCUAGUCAUGCAGCUGUUCAGGCAGUUUGCUUAGCUGUAUCUGGUGUAAAUCAUCCUACAGAUCAACAGGGAAUACUGGAUUGGCUAAGAGAUAUAUUUCCAAGUCAUGUGAAGUUGUACGUGGAAAAUGAUUCUGUGGCAGCACUGGCUAGUGGUACGAUGGGAAAGCUUCAUGGCUGUGUACUGAUUGCAGGUACAGGCACCAUUGCUUAUGGGUUCACUGAAGAUGGAAGAGAAGCCCGAGCUGCUGGUGCAGGACCAGUCUUGGGGGAUUGGGGAAGUGGGUAUGGAAUUGCUGCACAGGCAUUGACUGCAGUGAUUAGGGCACACGAUGGCCGUGGACCCCCAACAAAGCUAACAGAAAACAUCCUCAACAUACUUGGGCUUUCUUCACCAGAUGAACUGAUUGGCUGGACCUACGCUGAUCGCUCUUGGGCUCGUAUUGCUGCACUUGUUCCGGUAGUAGUAUCUUCAGCUGAAGAUGGUGAUGAAGUUGCAAACAAAAUAUUACAUUAUUCAGUUCAAGAGUUGGCUGAUAGUGUCAUGGCUGUUGUCCGGAGACUUAGAUUAUGUGGAGAAGAUGGAAAGGAUCCUUUCCCACUUGUUAUGGUUGGAGGUGUUCUUGAAGCUAACAAGAGCUGGGAUAUUGGGAAGGAAGUCAUAGAUUGCAUCUCCAAGGUCUGCCCUGGUGCUCAUCCUAUUCGACCUAAGGUGGAACCAGCUGUUGGAGCAGCAUUGCUGGCUUGGAAUCAUUUAAUUAAAGAAUGUAAAGGUGAUCAUGGAAACUGAUCUGAUUAAUUUGCUGUACAGUAACCCAUUGAAACAUUAAAACAGAAAGAAAGAUGAAGAGGAAUAUUUCUCCUCUGUCACUAGCUUCUCCCUCGGAGUUAAAACUUUCAGCAGUUGUUUGACCUCAACUGAAUUUUAUAGUCAACGCAUGCAAUUUCUGUUUUUUUUUUUUUUUAAUCUAUUCAAGGCUUGUAUUAGCUUCUGCAAAGGUUCAGGGUGUACAAUGUAAAUGGUAGAGAAUUGGAAUGGAAAGGUCAUUGGGUUCUCGAUUUUUUCCC